UCAGUUGGUCGAAGUCGGUCAUACGCGUUCGUAAUUUUGUUUUAAUUGGUUUACAAAAGUAAGCGGUAAAUAAUGUUUCUGUACAUACUUUCUAUAUUUCUUACAGUCACGAGUCUCGUGGCUUAUGUUUUAUAUCAUUCAUUGGACAAAAAAAUCGUGUACAAAAGCUUGCGAAACAAGCAUGUCGUUAUCACCGGCGGUUCCAGCGGUAUUGGGAAGGCGGCAGCGAUAGAAGCAGCCAGGUUAGGAGCCAAUGUAACGAUUAUAGGCCGCGAUGUUGGCAAACUGUGUGCGGCUGUUACUGAAAUUCUUGAAAAUUGUGCUGAUAAGAAAGAGCAGAAGGUGGUCUAUUCAGCCAUAGAUGUUACAUCUAACUAUGAUGAUAUACAGAAACAUUUUACAGCUAUCGAAGCAGAAAUGGGCCCUAUAUUCAUGCUUGUUAAUUGUGCUGGUACUUGUAUUUGUGGUCAGUUUGACCAGAUGAAGGUGGAGGAUAUAAAGAUGAUGAUUGAUCUGAAUUAUUUUGGCUCUGCAUAUCCCACGAGAUAUGUGCUCCCAGGCAUGAAGGAACGAAAUGAGGGUCUUAUAGUGUUUGUGUCUUCUGAAGCUGCAUUUAUUGGUAUAUAUGGCUACACAGCGUACAGUGCUGGCAAAUGGGCAGUCCGAGGUCUAGCAGAAGCACUAAACAUGGAACUUGUUGGUACAAAUGUUCGCUUAACUCUGGUGUUCCCUCCAGACACUGAUACACCUGGCUUCGCAAAUGAGGAGCUUUCUAAACCUAAAGAGACUAAACUCAUUUCUGGCUCUGGAGGUCUGCAUUCUCCUGAAGAAAUUGGGAAAAAAUUGAUUCAAGAUGCAAUGGCUGGAAAAACAUACUCUGUUAUUGGCUUCUCUGGAAAAGUGCUGGCAUUGUUAAAUGGUGGAUUAGUUGAGAGCACUUCUCAGGUUUUAUUGCAAAUAUUUAGUAUGGGCCUUCUACGGGCCAUUGCUGUGAGUAUUAUUUUAUCUUUCCACAAAAUUGUCAAGGAUGGUCUGAAAGAAAAGGCACAAAAAGAAACGCAGAAAAGUAAAUAAAACAAACAAGACAGCAUCAUCCCUCAAAUGUUUUUAAAAUAAUAAUAAUGAUAAUAAUAAAUACACUUUAUUGCACACCAAAGAUAAGAACAGAAAGAAAAGGAACACACAAGGUACAACUAGGCGGUCUUAUCGCUAUGAAGCGAUCUCUUCCAGACAACCUAUGGUGAGGACAGUUACUUAAAAAAAAAUAUGAAGGGGAAGGCGGUAAAAUGAAAGUAUUAUAUACAGAAAUUAUUUUAAUGAAAUUAAAAAGCAUUUUCUUAUUAGAUCAUUUGUUUUGUCAUCUGUAGUAUGAUUUGGAGAGAGAUUACUUUCAUGAUUAUUGCUAUAAUAAAGUACAGUUUUAGAGUUUUUUAUGAUUACCUACCUAUAAUUAGUUUAUAAAUGCUUCAUUCGACUUCAAAGCCUAGUUGUGUAUGUUUUUAUUGUUGGCUUAAUAUUGUGUACACUGGUCAAUAUGUUAUUUAUAAGUAUCUUAGUUUUUGUAUUAAAUUGUAUCAGUUUUUUUAUGUUUACUGAUUUAGUUGAUGGGACAAAAUUAAUUUAACGUUGUGGUUAUAAUUUACCUGAGCAUUUAAAUUUAGUAUUAAUAAAUAAAUUACAUGUUCAACUUAAUUCCGAGAUAUAAUAAUUUAUUUUUAGUUAAAUUAAGUUAACAUAUUUAUUCUGAGCUUAUUUUCAGUUUAGGGAAAUGUACUGUCACAAUAACCAUUACAAAUUAUUAUUAUAAUGAUAAGCAUUUUAACCUGCAUUUUAACUCUGUA